CGCCCGCUCGUCCGUCCGUUAAGCAUUGAGAGUGAGUCCGCUUACUGUUUUCAUUAGAUUUGCCUGCGGGCCGCAGGCAGGCUGCUACGAUUCCUUGGGUUGUAGGUCUCGGGUCGUUGGGUGUAGGCACCCGAAAACAGAAACCCUAAUGGGUUUUUAACCCGCGUGCCGCUUCUCCGACGAAGCAAUGGCCCUGAACAGCGAAGAGGCCGACGUGGAACUGCGCGAUGCCGUUCUCCAGGUUCUUGAGGAAUCUGGUGCCCUCAACAAGAUCAAGGCUGAGUUGCGCUGUCGAGUGUUCCAAGCUCUGUAUGAUUCUAAGCAGUUGCGAGAACGCGUGCCCCGUUCGCGGACGUCACAUUUUCUCACGCACUCAGGGACCACUGAGGGUCGGCUAAUUCUUUCGCUCGUAAAAGACUUACUUCAGCAAUUAGAUCUCAGCUUUACUCUUUCUGUCUUCGAUGUCGAAGUGAAUAAGGCUCAGACACCGCUGCUGUCACGAAAGGAGAUGGCGGCUGCGCUCAAUGUGGACAUCACUACAAAGACCAGUCUGGCCGAUGAACCUUUACUUUCCUCGCUUGUCAAGUCCGCAUUGAAGCAAAAGGAUUCCUCCAUGGAACACACCAGCGCAGACCACCUCAUUCGGCGAACCAGCCUGCAACUCAAUGCAUCCGACGUUCGAAGUAUGUUCGCCGAACAGUCGUUCUUUGCCCAGCUGGACAAAGGCGACGAUGUUCAGCAAUCUGAAACGACGGAUAUGGACGCAGAGGGAUACGAGGACAAAGAGACUGCUAAUACAGUAAAGAUUGCCGCAGAAACUACGGGUUCUCUAAAACACGAACUCGAGGAUCAGCCAACAGACGAACAAGAUAUCGCGACGAAAGGUCCCGAAAAAAACAAUGAGGUCGAGGUAACGAUCAGCCCACCGCGAUCGCCAGAGAAGGUUGCUACUGAUGCCAAAAAGACUCCCGGUGGGAAACUCUCCCCGCUUAAGCCCCUUUCUUCACUCAAAGACCUUCCGAAACUUCAAGCCCCUUCGAAACUACCCAGUCUGAAGCGGCCACCUCCUGAUCCAGUGAAGCCGUUGGAAGGGGACAGCGGUGAUGAUGUCGAAUCUCUCGGAGAAGACCUGACCUCAUUAGGAUCAGAUUCAGCCACAACCACUCUUGAAGUAUCAGUCUCCUUGGCAGAAAUACCUGGAGGUGACUACGUCGAAAACACCAUAGAUGUUCGCUAAUGAAGACGGUCACUGGAGGUAACAACAGAGAAGUGUGUCCUCGUCAACCACUGCGCUAGAAACAUAAUAAAUGCAACAAAGCUUUAAAGAUGGUAAUUAAAAUGAUUAGCAACUAGAACAGUGAAUGUAUCGGGGACUAUUGCCUUAAAUUUCGUCCUGCGCUUUUUAGCUGUGGCUAUCCAUAGUACUGAAUGAAUAGAACUUGUUCGCUUAUUCAUGAUGAUUAUGCGCAGCUCGGGACAAUGCUCCGAUCUCCGAUCUUUUCAUGGAGAAUCUAUGCAUCAUCAAUAGUAAACCUGGUAACUCAGUGAAUGCUAUGCUAUGUUAAUUAAAGAAAUGAUAGUUAUUAAAAAGUACCUUGGCUAUAAUCUACUCAAAAUAGAAAUGCGUAGUGGCUAGUCGUUUGCUUAGUAGCUAUAGCUACUAGUUUAUGUUGAUUAACAUGAUUGGCGCAAGGUUAGUCAUUGACACACGGUCCUUAAUGGAAUCAGGUCGGCAUUCCUGAAAGGCACCCGACGCACGCAUCGACGCGCAGCUGUUUGCCUUUUGGAAUAUACUCGAUUUGCCUGUGUUCAGGUAUACGGAGGGCAGAUCACGUGUAGCUGCACCUAGGAAUUUCUAACACACCAUUUUAAGCGAAAAUGCGCAGCGGUCGCAAUUUGCGCCUGCUUUUCUACGAUAGUUGUGAUAUACAAAAUGAAAAGAGCAAAGCGGGAAGCAAUGGAAGAGAAAGAGAUGGGGGGGGGGAGCAGGGAAAGAGAGAAAUUACGUUGUGCAUGUAUAUACACACAAUGACAAAAAUCGAAGACAGGUUUUCACAGGUAUUCUACAGGAAAUAUAUGUAUACACAUAUAUUGAAGAAAAGAGAGAGGUUUGAGUAAAUGUAUGUGUGGAUGUGAGCUAUAUACAUAUAUACAGUAUAUUCAUACAAUACGCCAGAAGUAUUCUACUCUAAAAAAUAAUGAUACUAUUAACAGUAAUUGAAAAGAAGGUCCGAUGGAGAUGAUAUUGCUGUAUAAUACUGGUGCAUAGUAUUAAAACUAUUAAUUAAUCUUUCCUGCUUCGAAAUGCAAUGCUUCGAUUAUACCACAUGAUAUAUAUAUAAGUUAUUAAGAUUAUUAUUGAAAGUAGUGCUGCUAUUAUAAUUAGUAAUAGUUCGGCAGUUGUGAGAAUGUAAAUGUGUGUGUGAGAUCGGUCGCCCGCCUUCCCUUGUAUCGUUGAAGUAUCGUUGACGUUGUUGCGUCACGAAGUUUAUUGGUAGAUAUUCAACACUGGCUGAAUAAUACCUACACGUAUUUGGUGUUGUGUUGUGUUGCUUUGCGAAAAGACACGCUUACCAUAGGAGCCCCUGGAACAAAUGGGCGAAUAACACAGACAAUGUAACGAAAUAGACGAGGAGAUUAAAUAGAAGGCAAAGAAAAUCGUUUGUAGGUUUCACUCCUCCAGGUUACUGUUACUACAGUUACUGCUGCAACUGUGACUAAUGCUACUAUGUAGAUGUUGAAUGAACCCAGAAAACUGUUCAACUUAGUGGUUCCCUCGUCGUGAAAGUGACCCUACACUUAUCGCUUCAGUCACUGAAUAUAUUUAUGGCGGCGCCCUAUGGUAAAGAGCUGGACAAGCUCGACAGCUACAACAAAUAAUACGUAAAACUAAAAAAUAAAGUUGCGGAUACAUACAGUAGCCUCAAACACAAGACAAAUUGCGGGUACACUCCGAUCAACUCCUGUUUAGACGAUGACAUUAUUAGUACUAAGGAAAAUAGGGAAAAGCAGAACUACAGCAUGAAAAAACCUCGCUAGACGUGUCGAAUCGUUCAAAUAUGGCAAGAAGCAAGAUCGCUCAUUAACGAUUCUGAAAUAUAACUGCCAUUCUGCUUACUUGUAACCGUUAUCGGCGAAGGCUCCAAAUAUGGCCGCGAGUUCUACACGUACAAAAACAGACCACACGAAUAGGGAGAGUGACAUACAUUCAUAAAUACAAACACGUCGACGUGAACAUGCACUUCACAUAAAUAUAUCAAUAUAUACCGAAGAUAUACAUGAAUGCGACUGCUGAUAACCCUAAUGAUAAUAAUAAUCCCAUAGAAAAUAACCUAAACAGCAUCAGUGAGAUCAUUU